AUGCUUGAGGAGAAUCCAAGGCAAUGGCAUGAAAAGUUGUCAGAAACCUUAUGGACCUAUAGAACUUCAAAGAGGGAAGUAAGCAGCAUGACCCCAUAUGCUUUGACCUAUGGACAUGACGCAAUUCUACCCAUGGAAAUCAUAGUCCAAUCCAUCAGAAUUGCCCAACAGCACAAUUUAGUUGGAGAAAACUACUCACAAGCAAUGCUGCUAGAGUUAGAAGGACUGGACACAAGAAGAAUUGACAUUCUCAAUAAACCCUUGGUAGGAAAAGAAGCUAUAGCAAGAGCUUAUAAUAAGAGAGUUAAAAACAAGAGUUUUGAAGAAUGA